AUGUUCCCCCGGUCGCUCCAGCUAACUUUCAUAUCGAGGAGUCUUCUCCUUCUCGCCAUCAUCGGACUCUCCUGCACGAAGUCGAACGCUGCUUCGCUCCACGGCGCGAACUCCCCCGCUACCGUUUCUCCGGUCUCUCAAGCAACCCCGCUGUUCGCCCGUCAAUGUGGUACUGCCGACGCCUGGCCGAAGGGUCCCGGAAGUGCGCUCGUCCCGCAGGCUCCCACCUCGGAGCUGCGGUCCAUGCUCGCGCGGAUCGAUCCCAGCCGCGUCGAGUCCAUCAUCAGCAAGCUCGUCUCCUUCGGCACGCGCCACACGCUCUCGAACCAGACAGAUCCCGUGCGCGGAAUCGGCGCGGCUCGCGACUGGCUCGCGGCCGAGUUCCGUAGCAUCGCAGCGGGCGCGGCCAAGGGCACGAACGUGACCAUCACCGUCCCGAGCUACAUCCAGCAACCGACUGGGGAGAUUUUGUUCGCGGUCAACAUCAGCGACAUCGUCGCGACGAUCCAAGGCGCGUCCGACCCGAACAGGGUCUACGUCAUCUCGGGGCACUACGACUCGCGCGUGACGAGCAUCGACAACUUCACGGACGAUGCGCCUGGGGCGGACGAUGAUGCGUCGGGCGUCGCGGUCGUCAUGGAGCUAUUGCGCGUUAUGGUUCAGCGUCCGCCGCCCCCUGCGACGAUCGUCCUCACAGCCGUGGCUGGGGAAGAGCAGGGACUGUUUGGCUCGGACUUCCUCGCGCAGACGCUUUUUGACGCAGGGGCGGACGUGCAGGGCAUGUUCACGAACGACAUCGUCGGGAGCGCAAAAGGGGACGACGGCGUCGUCGAUCCGUUCAGCUUCCGCCUCUUUGCCCAGGGAAUGCCGACCACGGACACCCCGUCCCAGGCCGCGACGCGCGAGUCCAUCGGAGGAGAGAACGACAGCCCGGCACGUGAACUCGCAAGGUUCACAAAGGAAGUCGCGACGAACGACGCGACAGGCAUGAACGUGCGCGUCAUAUACCGCGAGGACCGCUUCUUGCGCGGUGGUGACCACGAGCCGUUCCUCGAGCGCGGGUUCCCGGCCGCGCGGUUCACUGAACCGCACGAGAACUUCGCGCAUCAGCACCAGGACGUACGGGUCGACCCUGUCACGGGGCAGCAGUUCGGCGACCUGAUCGAGUUCUGCGAUUUCGACUUCAUCGUGCGCGCAGCCCGUGUCAACGGCGCGGCGCUCUGGUCGCUCGCGCAAGCCCCUGGGACGCCGAAGAACGUGACGAUCGACACCAGCGUGCUGACGAACAACAGCACGCUCGAGUGGACGAUUGGCCAGGACGAGGGUCUGGCGGGGUACGAGGUCGUGUGGCGGGCGACGGAUGCACCACAGUGGACGAACGUGAUCCCUGUGGGAUUGUCAGAAGAUGGGCAACAUGUCUAUACUGCAACUUACGUAGCGCAUAUCCGCGCCAUGUGA